AGAAUUUGAAGAGAUGCAAAAAGUGUCAAAACCAAACAACAACAACGCACAACAAGAAGAAGUUAGACGGAACCGUUACGUGACGUGACGGCACAUCCCUCUAACACCUUUCAGAACCGUCUAAACGCUGCCGUCACUCCUUUUCCCCAAACCCUAACCGUCUCCUCCUCUAUCUAUGGCCUCUUCCGAUGACUUUCCUCUCAUCGACUCUUCUUCCUCCUCUCCCAACCUCCACGCGCACACGCGCCACGACGCUGCCGCGUACUACUCCACCGAAGCCCCAUUCAAUGACGCCGAAUCCGACCCGAACAACAGGCCCGGCGGGCCGCCCGGAGCCCCGACUCCGCCGAAGCGGACCGCCUCUCCUUACAACUACUACAAGAAGCACAAAUGCAGCAACUCGGGCGAGUCGGAGAACGAGUCGUACCGGAAGGACCGCGAGGAGUGGUCGGACACGGCGAUCGCGUGUCUGCUGGAGGCGUACACGGAGAAGUACAACGAGCUGAACCGCGGGAACCUUCGCGGGAGGGAUUGGGAGGAAGUGGCGGAGGCUGUGACUGAUCGGUGCGGCGGCGGCGGCGGUGAUAAGAGCAAGGCGACGUACAAGAGUGUGGAGCAGUGUAAGAACAAGAUCGAUAAUUUGAAGAAAAGGUACAAGAUGGAGCUGCAGAGAAUGAGCGCUGCUACGGGUAGUACCACCACCACGCACUCGCAUUGGCAUUGGUUCAAGAAGAUUGAGGCUAUCGUCGGAAAUUCCGGAACCGCCAACAAAGGCGGCGGUUCCGACGAGGACCGGUCGAUUUCUCACGCUAGAUCGCCUCGCCAAUCUAAGAGAUAUAUGUCGAGCAAUGCUGCCUUGACAAACAAUCUGAAAUCCAAACCGAUAUCAAAUUUAAAAUGGCGUAGAGUAGUGUUUAAAAUCAGUGGUACUGCAUUAGCUGGGAACUGCCAGAGUAUUGACCCCAAGGUGGCGAUGCAGGUUGCUAAGGAAGUUGCAUCUGCUUGCCGCAUUGGGGUGGAGGUGGCAAUUGUUGUUGGAGGUCGUAAUUUCUUUUGCGGAGACACAUGGGUAUCUGCUACUGGCUUAGAUAGACCUACAGCUUACCAAAUUGGUAUGAUGGCAACAGUUAUGAACUCUAUACUGCUCCAAUCAGCUCUAGAGAAGCUGGGCGUUCAGACACAUGUGCAAAGUGCAUUUGCUAUGCCAGAGAUUGCUGAACCGUAUAGCAGGCAACGGGCCAUCCGGCAUCUUGAGAAAGGAAGAGUUGUCAUAUUUGGCGGUGUUGGUGCUGGCACUGGAAAUCCACUCUUCACUACCGAUACAGCUGCAGCUCUGAGGGCUUCUGAGCUUAAUGCAGAUGCUGUUCUUAAAGGUACCAGUGUAAAUGGUGUCUAUGACUUUCAUUCUGGUAACAGCAAUGUGAUACUUGAUCACAUUUCCUAUCGCGAUGCUAUUUCUAGCACCAUAACCUCUAUGGACCUGAUGGCGAUAACAUACUGUGAAGAGAAUGGAAUUCCUGUUGUGGUUUUUAAUCUGCUUGAGCCUGGGAAUAUCUCGAGAGCAUUAUGCGGAGACCAAGUUGGCACUUUGAUUGAUCAGGCUGGAAGUAUUAGUUAAUGCAUUUGGAGCCAUAUCUAACCCAAUUCUUUUAAAGUCUAGUAUAAGUUAAUCUGUAAGUGUCAUUAGUCCUUGUUAGAAGUAUUUAAAUAGAAAAUUAGGAGCAAAUUAGGCCUCAUGGUGAUACCCUAAAGUUUUGUCCUUGUAGUUUUACAGUAUACUUUUUACUUCAUUUGUAUUAAUCGUUUCCUAAUACAACAUUGCCUGUAAAUUUUUCCA